AUGGACUACCACUAUUACAACGACGACUACUACUACGAUGAUUACAAUGACUAUGAUGAAUGGGACGGGGAAUAUGGAGGAGACGAUUAUGACUACGACGAAUCCUACUGGGGAGACGAUUACUGGGAUCACGAAGAGUCACCAGAAUACUACCACCAGCAAUAUUAUGACAGUCAGCGGUACGCUGGUGACGAUCGCAGUUAUGAUACUUCUGAAGAAUACUACGGGAGCCAAUUUGGUGGAUAUCAUGAUGGCUACAACCAAGGAUACUCUCGAGGCGGGAACUAUCAAUACACAGAGGGAGCAAUGCACACUCAGUCCGGUCAACUACAACACUACUACGGGAGCAACUCCUGGAGUGUCUCUACAGAACAUCAUUCCCACAGUCAUACCGCCGACCAUCACACCUCAAGACAUAUGACUCUCGCACUACCAACCUCGCCAACACCUCCUCUACUCUCAAUACGUCCUGAAUCUCCAAGCCGACGAGACAUUUCAGUUGUUUCGGUUCUCCGCACAGGCACUCCUGUACACUCCUCCGGCUUCACGUCCGCGUCUCGGGCGCUUGACAUCAACCGCAACAAGAGCCUGAGCGUGAAGCCAAUCGAUUCACAGUCCACAAAAUCUGCUCGCACUCCGACUCCCACAGAGUCCUUCUUUCACAAUCUUUUCUGGAAAAGCCCGGUCAGGCCUAGAGCACGCACGCGGCCGACCACGCCAGUUGUCCCACCAAGCUCCAGACAUAUUCCGCAAAGUCCCAAUUUGACCGCCACCAACAUGGACAGGCCCUCAUCAGCUGCCGGUACCUUACCCAUAGCUGGAUAUGAUGCCACGAGAGGAAGGGAUAUAGGUUUUCUAGCUCCGUCUCCUGAGCAGACCUAA